AUGAGAGGGGGUUUCUGUGAGGUAAACGAAGCUUCAUUAACAACCUGGCAAACAAGAAAGGGAAACGCAUUCCAGGUGGACGCAGCAACACCUUUUAACCUACGUUAUCAGGAGCCAGGGCCUGCUACCUUCGACCACCUGAGACCCCUCAGCGGGCGGGAAAGCCUUGACGCAGCUGGCGCGCGCCUUCCCUUGACGUUCUGGAGACGCCCCCACGCGCUCGGAAUUCCACAGGGUUUGUAAGCGCCGCUCGGCCUAGCGCAGGCGCAGACAGGGAGCAGGGUCCGGUCGACCGCCAUUGCACAACGCGGAGGACUAGCCUGGGGUCACGGGGAUGCCGCGGCUCCUCCGCUUGUGCCUGCCCUGGGUUGGAUUCCUGCUGGUUCGGUUUUCCAGUCAACUGAGCGACAUCAGCAGUGCCAGGAAGCUGUGCGGCAGGUACUUGGUGAAAGAAAUAGAAAAACUCUGUGGCCAUGCCAACUGGAGCCAGUUCCAUUUCGAGGAGGAAACCCCUUUCGCACGGUUGAUUGCCCAGGCCUCAGAGAAGGUAGAAGCCUUCAGCCCCUACCAGUUCGAAAGCCCGCAAACCGCUUUCCCGGCCCGGGGAAGAGGCACAAACCCAGUGUCUACUUCUUGGGAAGAAGCAGUAAACAGUUGGGAAAUGCAGUCACUACCUGAGUAUCAGGAUAAAAAGGGAUAUUCACCCCUUGGUAAGACAAGAGAAUUUUCUUCAUCACAUAAUAUCAAUCUAUAUAUUCAUGAGAAUGCAAAAUUUCAGAAGAAAAGUAGAAACAAAAUUAAAACCUUAGGCAAUUUGUUUUGGGGGAAUCAUCCCCAAAGAAAACGCAGAGGAUAUUCGGAAAAGUGUUGUCUUAAAGGAUGUACAAAAGAGGAACUUAGCAUUGCAUGUCUUCCAUAUAUUGAUUUUAAAAGGUUAAAGGAAAAAAGAUCAUCACUUGUAACUAAGAUAUACUAACCAUCAUAGAAUGUUUUCUAACCUAAUAAAAGCUUAAUACAUUUAUUUUA